CGAAUUAAUGGACACCGCCAGCCCCAACAGGAGGCUGUGACGACUGUGAGCUGUGAGUUUCCAACUAUCCAAUUCCAAUUCUGAUUUCUCAUUAAAAAAAAAAAAAAAAAACAAAAAAAGAAUGAAGCUUGCAACUUGUUCAUAUUCGUCGUCACCAGCCUCCGUUACUCCUUUUCUCCUUCAAACCCGUCCCAGAUUCUCAUUCAAUAUAUUUCAGCCCUCUUCUUCUUCCUCAACCGCCGCCCACCGACCACGACCCGUCAUGGUUUCCGCCCGCAACUACGCCCACGCCCGCUACCUUCCUCCUUGGUUCAGUGUGGCUCCCAUGAUGGAAUGGACUGAUGUUCACUACAGGACUAUGGCCCGCCUCAUAUCCAAGCAUGCCUGGCUCUACACUGAGAUGCUCGCUGCCGAAACCAUUGUCUAUCAGAAGGACAAUCUGGACAGAUUCUUGUACUUUCCUCCGGAACAGCAUCCUAUUGUUCUACAAAUUGGUGGCAGUAAUUUGGAAAACCUGGCAAAAGCUACUCAACUUGCUAAUAUUUACAAAUAUGAUGAGAUCAAUUUUAAUUGUGGAUGUCCCAGUCCAAGAGUAGCUGGACAUGGGUGCUUUGGUGCUCGUCUUAUGCUGGAUCCAAAGUUUGUUGCUGAGGCUAUGUCAGUGAUUGCUGCGAACACUGAUGUCCCUGUCAGUGUCAAGUGUCGAAUUGGUGUUGAUGAUCACGAUUCAUAUAAUGAGCUCUGUGAUUUUAUUUAUAAAGUUUCUUCUCAAUCACCAACUAGGCACUUCAUUAUACAUUCUCGGAAGGCCAUGCUGAAUGGAAUCAGCCCAGCUGAAAAUCGAAGUAUUCCACCUCUUAAAUACGAGUACUUUUAUGGCCUCUUGCGUGACUUUCCGGACUUAAGAUUUACCAUAAAUGGUGGAAUAAACACUAUUGAUGAGGUCAAGGCAGCUAGGAAAGCAGGAGCUCAUGGUGUAAUGGUUGGACGGGCUGCAUUUAAUAACUCAUGGAAUACUUUGGGACAUGUUGAUACUGCUGUUUAUGGUGCACCAAGCAGCGGUAUAACACGGCGUCAGUUACUCAAGGAGUUUGAAGCUUAUGGAGAGACUGUUUUGGGAAAAUAUGGACAAAAGCCCAAUGUUCGAGAUGUGGCCAAGCCUUUGCUUAGCCUUUUCUAUGCUCAGCCUGGGAACAGUCUUUGGAAACGCAAAGCUGAUGCUGCUUUCAUGCAUUGCACGACUAUGAAAUCAUUUUUUGAGGAAACACUUGUAGCAAUUCCAGACUUUGUCUUGGAUGCACCUGUUGGAGCGCCACCAUCUGGUAGUAAUGAUCCUUUUGCAAACAUACAUACUUUGUUGCCUCCACCAUACGAAUCAAGGGAACAAGAGCUACAAUAUGCUUAGUCUAUCAAAUCUUAAUCUGUAAUUUAGUGGCAAUCUGUAGUGUCAGGUUGAAGCAUAUUCUUUAUACUUUUGGAAUGUAACCUAUUGAUCCGAUGUAACAAUAUACUCAAUUGUGUUGGUGCAUAGCCAUAGUUACAGUUUUGUAAGGCAGUU